CAUGAGUGGUUACUUGGAUGAAUCCGACUUUGUGUUGGUGGAGGAGGGCUUCACCCCCAGAGAGCUCCUGGAGAGGCUCCUCAUGGAGCUGUGCCACACGAGCGAGCAGGGCGCCUUCUUCAUGGCAGACCUGGGGGACGUCGUGAGGAGGCACCUGCGCUUCCGCAAGGCCUUGCCCCGCGUCACGACCUUCUUCCCCGUCAAGUGCAACGGCAGCAGAGGAGUGAUCGGGCUGCUGGCCGAGCUGGGCGCCGGCUUCGCCUGCGCCACCAAGGCAGAGAUCGCCCAGGUUCGCAGCAUUGGUGUUCCAGCUGAGAAGAUCUUCUACAGCAACCCCUGCACGCAGGUUGCCCACAUCAAAUACGCAGCCAGCCACGGCGUGCAGCUCAUGACCUUCGACAACGAGGUGGAGCUGAACAAGGUGGCCCGGAGCCACCCUCAUGCCAAGAUGCUGCUGGGAAUCGCUGCUGACUUCAGCCCCUCUCCCCAUCCAAGUGUGACGUUUGGGGCCACCCUCGUGUCCUGCCGGCACCUGCUGGAGAUGGCAAAGGAGCAGGCAGUGGAAGUCGUUGGCAUCAGCUUCCACCUCGGGAGCCGCUGCCCGGAGCCCCAGGCCUUCGCGCAGGCUCUAGCCGAAGCCCAGCUCGUGUUUGAGAUGGGCAGGGAGCUGGGCUACCGCAUGCGCGUCCUGGACAUCGGCGGGGGAUUCCCUGGGCCCGAGGACUCCAGAGCGCAGUUCCAAGAGACGGCCGCUGCCAUAAAGUCUGCCUUGGACUUGUAUUUCCCGGAAGGCUGCGGGGUGGAGGUGCUGGCGAGACCAGGGCGCUACUACGUCUCCUCGGCCUUCACCUUUGCAGCCAGCGUCACCGCCAAGGAAGAGGUUCCCCCGGGCCAACCUGGCUCCGAGGAGGAGGAGUCUGGCAGCAAGAAGAGCAUCGUGUAUCACCUCAGCGACGGCAUCUACGGCUCCUUUAACUGCGUCCUGUUCGACAGCCCCUGCCCCAGGCCUCUCCCGCACAAGAAGCCCUGCCCCGACCACCCCUCGUACAGCAGCAGCCUCCGCGGCCCCCCAGGACCCGCCGAGGACCGCAUCGCGGACGGCCUGGAGCUCCCGGAGCUGCAGGUCGGGGACUGGCUCCUUUUUCAGGAGAUG